AUGAUCAAUAUUUAGCCCUAACUAACGUUGGCAGGCCUGUGUAUUUUCUAGGGGUUUCGUUUCACUUACAGUUCCCAAUAUAAUAUUAUUGUGGAAUUUGUGAAAAGGUAUAUUCGUAUAUCGCUGAAACGGUGCCUAACAAUUGAAGAUAAUUAGGGUUUUGAUGGGUACGGAGAGGAAGAGGAAGGUGAGUUUAUUCGACGUCGUGGACGACUCUGCAGCUAAGAUGGUGAAAACAAACGGCGUUUCAAUCGGUAACAGCCUUAUAAACCGAUGGAACGGUAAAGCUUACUCUCAAAGAUACUAUGAAAUUUUGGAGAAGAGGAAAACCCUACCUGUUUGGCACCAGAAAGAGGAUUUCUUGCAGGUUUUGAGGGAUAACCAGACUUUGAUUCUCGUUGGUGAGACUGGUAGUGGAAAAACCACACAGAUCCCUCAGUUUGUUUUGGAAGCUGUUGAAUUAGAGACAGCUGAUAAACGCAAGAAGAUGAUGAUUGCAUGCACUCAGCCUCGUAGAGUGGCUGCAAUGUCUGUUUCUCGCCGUGUGGCCGAAGAGAUGGAUGUGAGUAUUGGUGAAGAGGUUGGUUAUAGCAUCAGAUUUGAAGAUUGUAGUAGUGCAAGGACUGUUUUGAAGUAUCUAACAGAUGGUAUGCUUUUGAGAGAAGCAAUGACAGAUCCACUUUUGGAACGAUACAAAGUAAUUAUUCUUGAUGAGGCACAUGAAAGGACUUUGGCUACUGAUGUGCUAUUUGGCCUUCUAAAGGAAGUUCUUAAAAACAGACCUGACUUGAAGUUGGUUGUUAUGAGUGCAACACUUGAAGCUGAAAAGUUUCAGGGCUAUUUUUUUGGAGCCCCGCUUAUGAAAGUUCCUGGAAGGCUACAUCCUGUGGAAAUCUUUUAUACUCAGGAACCAGAAAGGGAUUACUUGGAGGCUGCAAUUAGGACAGUAGUGCAGAUUCACAUGUGUGAACCUCCUGGAGACAUACUUGUUUUUCUCACUGGAGAGGAAGAGAUAGAAGAUGCGUGCCGCAAAAUAUCUAAAGAAGUUGCAAAUUUGGGGGAUCAGGUGGGCCCUGUGAAAGCAGUACCAUUGUAUUCUACUCUUCCCCCAGCUAUGCAGCAGAAGAUUUUUGAGCCAGCUCCACCUCCAGUAAAAGAGGGAGGCCCCGCCGGAAGGAAGAUUGUGGUAUCAACGAACAUAGCAGAAACUUCCUUGACAAUUGAUGGUAUAGUCUAUGUUAUUGAUCCUGGAUUUGCUAAGCAGAAGGUUUAUAAUCCUCGAGUUCGUGUUGAGUCAUUGUUGGUGUCUCCAAUAUCAAAGGCUAGUGCACACCAAAGAUCUGGACGUGCUGGAAGAACUCAACCAGGGAAAUGCUUUAGACUGUAUACCGAAAGAAGUUUCAAUAAUGAUCUUCAGCCUCAGACGUAUCCUGAAAUUUUGAGAUCUAAUCUUGCCAACACGGUUCUUACAUUGAAGAAACUAGGUAUAGAUGAUUUAGUGCAUUUUGACUUCAUGGACCCUCCUGCCCCUGAAACCUUAAUGCGUGCUUUGGAGGUGUUGAAUUACUUGGGUGCACUGGAUGAUGAUGGUAACUUGACAAAGCUUGGUGAGAUCAUGAGCGAGUUUCCAUUGGACCCUCAGAUGUCGAAGAUGCUUGUUGUUAGUCCUGAGUUCAACUGUUCAAAUGAGAUUCUUUCAAUUUCCGCCAUGCUAUCAGUACCCAACUGCUUUAUCCGGCCUAGGGAGGCACAAAAAGCUGCGGAUGAAGCAAAAGCUAGGUUUGGGCACAUUGAUGGAGAUCAUCUCACACUCUUGAACGUAUACCAUGCCUACAAGCAAAACAAUGAGGAUGCUUCUUGGUGCUACGACAACUUCGUUAAUAAUAGGGCGCUGAAAUCGGCUGAUAAUGUUCGACAACAGCUUGUUCGUAUCAUGGCUCGGUUUAACUUGAAGUUGUGCAGCACCGACUUCAAUAGUCGCGACUACUAUAUCAACAUAAGAAAGGCGAUGCUAGCAGGAUAUUUUAUGCAGGUGGCUCAUCUUGAACGGACAGGACACUACUUGACAGUGAAAGACAACCAGGUGGUGCACUUGCAUCCAUCAAAUUGCCUGGACCACAAGCCUGAGUGGGUUAUCUAUAAUGAAUAUGUUCUUACCAGUCGGAAUUUUAUACGUACUGUGACCGACAUACGCGGUGAAUGGUUAGUUGAUAUAGCACCCCAUUACUAUGAUUUGUCUAAUUUUCCACAAUGUGAAGCGAAACGUGUUCUUGAAAAGCUAUACAAGAAACGUGAGAAAGACAAGGACGAAGCCCGGAAUCGUAAAUGAAGCACUACAUCUCCUUUCCGGCCUUUGGAUUGGAAUUUGAUGUUUCUUCUCCUGCAAGUUGACAUCAAAAUAUCGUCAUGGGAAUGUUCACUAAUACGUCAUUGUUAUUACCUUUGAAGGACACGCUGAUUGUCAGUAAUUUUAACGGAAGAAUUGGCAGAGUUCCUUGUACUAUUAGAGUAGUAACAUAUUUUAUAUUCCUAGACCUUGUUCUGUUGUACCUUACGGAUUAUUUAUCGACUUCAUAUUUGUUUUGGGGAUAGUAGUGUUGUCAAAGGUUAGAUUCCCUCAGCAUUGCAUUACUUGCUGGGUAUAUUUAGCAACUUUGAAAGCGAAGCAUCCCGAAUUAUAAGAUUUUGCUUUAAAGUAAUGUCAACUGGUAAUGCAUUAUUAGAAAUAUAUUCUGUCUUGUCGUCU